AUGUCUUCCGACACCCCCACCGAUAUCUUCAAGGCCCUGCCUCUGCCCAGCAUCGAAAGACCCUUCGGCAUACACCUAUGGCCCAUCUUCGACAAGGCCUUCAAUGCCGUCGCAGGAUUCCACCCGCAGGAUUUCGACUUCCAGCCCCGAGUUACGCCCAUGUCGACGUUGAAGGAGAGUGGUUUGGCCAUUUUGAUCUACUACGUGGUUAUUUUUGGAGGGAGGGAGCUGAUGCGCAACCGCCCGGCCUUCAAGCUGAACGCCCUCUUCAUGAUCCAUAACUUCUACCUCACCAGCAUCAGCGCCAUCUUACUGGCUCUAUUCGUUGAGCAAUUGGUCCCGACUCUCUACAACCAUGGCCUCUUCUACACCAUCUGCGACCACAAGGGUGGAUGGACCAACGAAUUGGUCAUUCUCUACUACCUCAACUAUCUUACGAAGUACCUCGAGCUGAUCGACACCGUGUUUUUGGUCCUGAAGAAGAAGCCAUUGACUUUCCUCCACUGCUACCACCACGGCGCAACGGCCCUUCUUUGCUACACCCAAUUGAUUGGCUUGACCUCGGUAUCAUGGACUGUCAUCUCCUUGAACCUGUUGGUGCACGUCGUAAUGUACUGGUACUACUUCCAGAGCGCGCGUGGCAUCAGGAUCUGGUGGAAGGAGUGGAUCACCCGUCUCCAGAUCACCCAAUUCGUCAUUGCUCUCGGCUUCGUCUACUUCGCGUCUUACACCUACUUCACCUCCACCUACUUUCCAUCGAUGCCGAAUGCGGGGAAGUGUGCCGGAGAGGAGUUUGCCGCCUUCUCAGGCAUCGCAGUCAUCAGCUCGUAUCUGGUCCUCUUCAUCUCCUUCUACCUGGCCACCUACAAGAAGGACGGACAGCGACCCACCGGCCGCAAAGCAGCGCGCUCCCUCAAAGACGCCGAGAUCCCAGACGUAUCUGCGCUCACCAACGGCAAGAUCCACCCCCCUAGCAACGGCCACGCCAAGUCAUCUGGCGCAAGCCCCAAUGGGCGCACCACCCGAUCGCGCAAGGCAUAG